AAAAAGAAGAAAAAAAAAAAGAAAAAAAAAAAAAGAAAAAGAAAAAAAAAGGAAAAAAAAAAGAAAAAAAAAAAAAAAACAACAGAGAGGGAGGGGUGAAUCAUAUAUGUAGAUCGAGGUUUCCAGGCUCGGUUUUGGGGGCAUUGGUUCUUUUUUCUUUUUUUUUUUCUUUUUUUUUUUUUCUUUUUUUUUUUUUUUUUUUUUUUGAUGGAUAGUCUCCGAAAUACCUCAAGCUGUUCUCCUGUGUCCAACACGGCCCUUUGCAGAUCUCCUUGAUAUAUAUCUAUAUAUUUUUUUUUUCCCUUCCAAAUAUUAGUGUUAUCGCCACACUCUUUGAUUUUUAGCUAUUACAAGACUUUUUUUAUUUCCAGAUGUUAGUCCACACCUAUUCCGCCAUGGACCGGCAUGAUGGAGUGCCCAGCCACAGUUCCAGGCUGUCCCAGCUGGGAUCCGUCUCCCAGGGACCCUACUCCAGCGCUCCUCCGCUCUCUCACACCCCGUCCUCGGAUUUCCAGCCGCCUUAUUUCCCACCCCCCUACCAGCCUCUUCCUUACCACCAAAGCCAGGACCCUUACUCCCAUGUCAAUGACCCCUACUCCCUAAACCCCUUGCAUCAACCCCAGCAGCACCCCUGGGGACAGAGGCAGAGGCAAGAGGUUGGAUCAGACACCGGGUCACUGCUGCCACAGCCUCGGGCCGCCCUGCCCCAGCUCUCGGGACUGGACCCCAGGCGGGACUACCACUCGGUACGGCGACCAGAUGUCCUGCUGCACUCAGCUCACCAUGGCCUUGACUCCGGCAUGGGGGACAGCCUUUCCCUGCACGGCAUCGGGCACCCGGGGAUGGAGGAGGUCCAGUCAGUUGAAGAUGCCAAUAACAGCGGUAUGAACUUAUUGGACCAGUCUGUCAUUAAAAAAGUUCCAGUCCCUCCAAAAUCCGUUACUUCUUUGAUGAUGAAUAAAGAUGGCUUCCUGGGUGGAAUUUCGGUCAACACCGGAGAGGUGUUCUGCUCUGUCCCCGGCCGUUUGUCUUUGCUUAGUUCAACUUCCAAGUACAAAGUAACAGUGGGAGAAGUUCAAAGGCGCCUUUCUCCCCCCGAGUGUCUGAACGCAUCCCUGCUAGGAGGAGUGCUGAGAAGAGCCAAAUCGAAAAACGGGGGGAGAUCUUUGCGAGAAAGGCUAGAAAAAAUCGGUUUGAAUUUACCAGCCGGCAGGCGUAAGGCUGCAAAUGUCACUUUACUCACCUCCCUGGUGGAAGGUGAGGCCGUUCAUUUAGCCCGGGAUUUUGGGUACAUCUGCGAAACGGAGUUCCCAGCCAAGGCUGUUUCUGAAUACCUGAACAGACAGCACACAGACCCCAGCGACCUCCACUCCAGGAAAAACAUGCUGCUUGCUACAAAGCAACUUUGUAAAGAAUUUACAGAUCUCUUGGCCCAGGACAGGACACCCAUUGGAAACAGUCGACCCACCCCUAUUUUGGAACCAGGCAUUCAGAGCUGCUUGACUCACUUCAGUCUCAUCACUCACGGCUUUGGGGCUCCCGCUAUCUGCGCCGCCCUCACGGCCCUCCAAAACUACCUGACUGAAGCUCUCAAAGGCAUGGACAAGAUGUUCUUGAACAACAACACUGCUAACAGGCACACAUCUGGCGAAGGACCAGGUAGUAAAACUGGAGACAAGGAAGAGAAACACAGAAAAUGAGAGGAGGAAAAAAAAAAAAAAAAAAAAAAAAAGGAAAGGAAAAGAGGAAAAAAAAAAAAAAAGUUAAAUAAAAGGAGAAAAGAGAGAGAAAGAGAUAAUCUUUUAAAACAAAACCGUCUUAAUUUUAGCUUUAAAAAUAUCGGAUUGGGCUUUGGAAGAAUUCUAUUAGGUAGGACAAAAUAAUAAUAAUAAUAAAAAUAAUAAUAAUAAAAGAAAGACGAUAAUUUAAGAUCAGAGGAGCACAAUGGCGCAAGACCAGUGGUUCAGAGUCUCUUGCCAGGAACAUGUGAAGACAACCACCAGGAUUUUUUUUUUUCCCACUUCUGUUCUUUCACAUUUUUUUUUUUUU